AUGAAAGUCAACCAAUUCCUCGGCGAGGUAGUGAACGGCACUAAAGUUCUAAAUGAGAACUCGUACAACUUUGUCAUCUUCGGUACGCCAUCUCCAGAGGAACCAUGGGGCUGGCAGGUUUUUGGUCACCACCUCUGCAUGAAUUGCUUUAUGGUUGGAACUCAGAUGGUGCUGUCACCUGUCUUUAUGGGUGCCGAGCCGAAUAUCAUCGAUGAAGGUCCUCAUGAGGGUCUUGAGCUUUUCGUUGAUCAAGAAUAG